AUGGAUGGUGGUAAUGGGUUGCGUGUAAUAAGAGGAUCUGCAGCUGCUGCUGAUGCUUGUGGUAUUGUUGCUGCUGGUGCUCAGGAUAAAACGAUAAUCAACCGGAUAAUGCUCAGAUUCCGACCGAUUGCACCGAAGCCGGCUGACGGUACUGAUCUAGAUUCUGGCUCUUCAAUGGUUGGAAACAAAGAUUUGUUAGCUUUCAAGAAAAGAAGAAAGAGAAAGUACGUUAGGGUUUGUAAGAGUAAUAGCUUGAAGAAAAACAAAAGGGUAUUAGUAGGACCACCAUCGGAUCAAGAAAGGGAAAAAGAAGGAGAAAUAGGAGGAGCUGAUUUCAACAAGGUUGUUACUUUACAGUUAUUACCGGAUGAGAGAAGUGAGGUGAAGGAGUCACGAGAAAGAAUGGGAAACACAUGGUGCAAUAAUGAUAAUAUUCAAGAUCUUGCAGUGGAUAAUACUAAAGAAUAUUCUGAUGAUCAAGAAAGACAAGAGCAACCCAUGUGGUUUAAGUUAAAGCAGCAGCCCAUGAUGGAGGGUUGUGGCAAGCAAGACCAGUUGUUUGUGAUGGUUCCUCAAAAGAGGGAAACUACUGUAGUGGAGUUCUGGGUGACAGUAGAGUGCGUGACAGACAUAUACAGCACAUGCAUGGAUGGACGAGCUAUAUCACUAGGGUCUACGGACGUUGAGAGAAUGAGGAAUCUGGAGGAGGACACGUGUCCCGGAUUCAUAUCGGACGGUUUGAAUCACGUACCAUGGAUAAAUGGGGCUUACAAGAAGAUGGUGGAGAUGGUGAAGAAAGAAGAUGAUAAAGAGAUAGCGCAGCUGUAUAAUACAGCAGAAGUAAUGAUUCGGUUGGUGAUAAAGGAAAAGUUGCUGCCUUUUGUCGCCUGUUCCUCUGCAUUUAGCUGCUGGGUUACGUUGCAGAAUGCGUGGCAGAAAGAGAAGUGUUCACAGAUGGUGGUUCCUUGCGAUGUUUGGAGAAUGGAUUGUGGAGGGUUUGCAUGGAGGCUGGAUGUUGAGGCUGCCCUCAGUUUGGGCCGUUGA